AUGGUCUUUGUCCAAUAUCGCCUCCCUGACGUCCUCUCUGUUAUCUGUGGUCGGAAUGUCCACGACCCUGUUGCCCUCAAUCCUCACUAUGCCGAACUCGACGCUUAUUUCGUCGACUGGAUCAAUGCUCAGAAGCUGAGCCCUGCUACUCAGAAAUCAUGGAUCGCAGUCCAAAUGCCCUUGCUCGCCUCUCUCACAAAUCCUCAUAUGACGCUUGACCAGCUUCGGGUCUGUCUGGAGUACAUGGUUCUGUCCUUGGGUAUGGAGGACUUAACAGACACUGCGUCAAGUGAAGAGUCCAAGAAGUGGGCUCACUUCUUCAUGGAUCUACUCCGAAGCCCCGGAAACACAGACGAACGGCUGUUGAAAGCUCACCCAAUGAUCGGUAACGUUUGUGUCGUUAGCUUCUCCGUGCGGGUAAUGAAGGACCUUGGACCUACCUACACCUUGCCGUUCAUCCAGAGCAAUGAUGAACUAGUUCGCGGAAUGGUACAAGAAUCCUUGGACAGAGAGGCCGAAGAAACCGAUGCCGAUCAAUCUACGUCUUCGGUCGAAGCUUACAUCCAUGCUAGAAGGACGACCAUAGGCAUUCAACCUGUUUUGGUUCUCGGCCGGUGGGCCAGAGGUUUAGACCUACCAGACGAAGUAUUGUGUUCUGAACAAGUAACGGGAAUGGUCGAUGCUACUAUCGACAUGGUCUUCCUUGCAAACGAUAUAUAUUCCUACAAGAAGGAGCGCAUCGCUGGUGCCGUUCAACACAACAUUGUCACCGUUGCAAUGAAUGACGAAUCCGCUCGAGUGGGAAGCUCCAACGUUCAGGGCGCUGUGGACUACGCCUACGAGUUGAUCCACACGGCUCAUGAUCGCUUCCAACGGCUAUUAGCCGAGCUGUCUUCUACACCCAUGUGGAACACUUACCAAGACGCCCUUGAAAAAUACGCAGAGAACAUGCACGACUGGGCCGUCGGGAAUGUUGUUUGGAGUUUGGCGAGCCCAAGAUACUCCGUCUUCGACAACCCCUCUGCCAAGUCUACGAUGAUGAUCGAAUUUUAUGCCCCAUUGUGA